AUGUUUUUCCUCAAAGAAGAGACCAAGGUGAUCUCGAUGCACCCGUCCUAUUUCGGACCCAACAUGCGAGAGUACCUCAUCGGUCGACUCAACGAGGAGGAAGAGGGACGGUGCACAGGUGAUCACUUUGUGAUCUGUGUCAUGGACAUGGUCGAUAUUGGCGAAGGGCGGGUGAUGCCUGGAAUCGGACAGGCGGAAUACACCAUCAGAUAUCGUGCGAUCAUCUGGAAGCCGUUCCGUGGCGAGACGGUCGAUGCUAUUGUUACCUCCGUUAAGCCUACCGGUAUCUUCACCCUAGCGGGCCCAUUGUCCGUCUUCAUUGCGCGAAAGAACAUCCCCUCCGAUAUCAAGUGGGAGCCCAACACUGUGCCGCCGCAAUACACUGAUCAUGCCGAUCAAGUGAUCGAGAAAGGAACCAGUCUGCGAUUGAAGAUUCUCGGUGUCAAGCCCGACGUGGCAGCUAUCAAUGCCAUUGGCACCAUCAAGGAGGAUUAUCUUGGACCUUUGUAA